UGCACAGCGCAGCCAGCUGUCAACUGCCAGUCGCGACGAGCUCGUCGUGGACGGCGUGUGUGCCCUGAGCCUGCUGUAGAUCGCCGCUACCGCGAGGCCGAAUCUGGGAUCUGCGCGAAACUUGGAGCAGCCAAGCCUCAUCGCAGGUCUUCGGGUAGCCAGGACCUCUGCAGGAACGGGUCAGUAGUCCUAUGUGGCGAUCCAAUGAAGGACGAUCGCUUGCUGGUCCAUGCCCCGCACGAUACCGAAGCGGUGGUCGCCAGUCGCACUGCUGUCCUGCAGCUGCACGAGCCAGCCCCCAGACCAACUGGGGCCGCGGAAACCCCGUCCCCCAACCACGCCACGCGCGGACCACCUGAUCCAACUCGCCCGCCUGGCCGUUGACAAUGCGUCCCGGGGCCUCCCUGCCAGACAGCUCGGCCAGCAGCGCCGCCGCCUCGGGCGGCCCGCAGAGCGCGACGAAGGUCGUGGCGCCCAUCGGAACGUGGCAGUCCCCGCACUGCUUGGCGCCUCGCACGAAGGCCGCGGUGGCGUCGAGAUCAAGCUGAGGCAGGAGUCGGGUGAGGUCGAGUGGGAGCGGGCGGGCCUGGGGCCGCACGAAGGCCCUCUCCUGGAGGUGCCCCUCGGCCUGGAGCUGCGCAGGCGUGAGCUCCGCGUACUCGAGCAGCAGAACUUCGGUGCGGCACGGGCCGUACACGCGGUGAUCAUAGCCUCCGACGUACAAGCGCCUGGGCGGAUCCUAGGCAGUGCCGUGGCUUUUGCCCCGAGCUGCUCGGGGCCGCGGACCAGUGCCAGGUCGCAGGGCACCGGCGCCUCGCCAAGCAUGCCUUGGAGCCUCGCCGCCGUCCGGCGCAGCAACUCUGGCGGGGCGGCGCACGGCCAGCCAGGCUGCCACGCCCUGCUGGAACAGAUCGCCCCCGAUCCGAGGCCAUCUGCGGAGGCCGUGCCAGAGGAGCUCGGGCGCGCCGCGGCCGUCUCCAGCCGGAUCUGGAGCGCGCGGCGGGCCGCGAGCAAGCCCUGCCGAGCGCUGUCCAGCCUGUCGCCCCACAGCCGAGCAGCGAUAUCGGUGCCCGAGGAAGCAUCCAAGAGUGCUACCAGUUUUGCCCCGGGGUGGUCCGUCACACGUCAGCGCAGGGCCCGCCCGUGCCCGGCUCGCGCGGCGGGGCGCCGCCCACGGCUGCGUCGUCGGCGACCCGCUGCAGCUGCAGGAUGUGGUAGCCGCUCCAGCCGAGCAUAGUGCGGCGAACCUCCUCGAAUUCUAUCCAUGCACUUGGGCGCUGGCCCUUCCGCGCUGUCAGCACCUGCCUGCGCUGCGCGGCAGGGCGGUCGCCCUCUGGCUGCUCGGUCCACUCCCGCCACGCGAAGAUCAGCGCGUAGUGGUUGGUCAAGUGGAAGAGCAAGACCGAGCUGGGAGAGCUGAACGCGGCCUUCAACGCGUCCCACUGCUGGUCGAUCGAGGACUGCGUGUCCCCCUUGCUCAGGGGCGCGACCAGUCCUCGCAUGGAUCCCUUGCGGCCCAUCAAGCAGCGCACCCGCACGGUCCCCAAGCCGCGCGCCUCCGCGAGAUCCUGCGCGGCCUGCUUGAUGCCCCAGGUCCCGACCUCGGAGGUGUUCGGUUUCUGCGCCCUCAGCUUGAACACGGCCUUCCUCUUCGUCAGCAGCUCCUGCAGCUCUUUCUUCCAGUCCGGCCCGCCCGCAAGCUGGACCAGAGCAGACUCCUGCGGCAGCUGCGUGCCGCCGCCGGCGCCCUCGACCUCCUCCUCCUCCUCCGCGUCGCCCUCGUCCGCGAGGCCGUCGGCCUCCCUCCCCGAGUCCUCGCCCAGCACCUCGCCCAAUGCGGCGAACACGCUCCGGCGCAGUGCCGCGGCCUCCGCCGCGAUCGCGCACUCUUUCGCCGCGGCCCCGUCAGUGAGCCGCUCCGCGACGGCCCCCUCCGCGCCCUCCGCGGGGUGGUCCGCGGCUCUUUGGGCGGGCCGCUCUGCGGCGACGGCCUCCGCAGAAGGCGCGCCGUCGGCGGGCCGCUCUGCGGCAGCCUGUUCCGCGCCCUCCACGGGCUGGUCCGCAGCGGCCCCAUGGGCGGGCCGCUCCGCGGCGGCGACCUCCGCUGUCGGCGCGCCGUCUGCGCCGGGCGCCUCGCCCGUGGGCCGCUCGGUGCUGCGUGCGCCGCCCGCCGCGGCGGACGCCGCACGCAGCACCGCGCGCGAGGCGCGCAUCGCGGCAGGCUUGGUGACCG